AUGGUUGGCUGGAGAGCUGCUGGCAUUAAUUACGUUCGCUACUCGCAAAUCGCGGCACAGAUCACCCGGCAAUGCACCAAGGGUACGAAGGCCAAGGUUCCUCCAGCGACUUUGAAAAUCACUUCAUGGGAGGAUGGAAAGAUCACUCCAUGGAAGGACGGAUCCAUCAUCGUCCCGAUGUUUGAUCGAUUCACGAAAGUGCGCGGAGAGCUCACUGAGCGGCUGCUGAAUAAAGACUGCCAGGAGUGUCGAAUCGUCGGCAGUGCGAGUAUGGCAGCCAUUGGAGGAUUCGUCGUCUAUCACAGUAACGCUCCCUACUACAAGUCCCAUCGAGGUGCACAAUUGGCCGUUCGGUGUAUUGCUGCAGGUUUCUUCUAUGUUUCCCUCGCUCGUGCCAUCUAUUUGCCGCCAUUCGAAUAUCUCCGUGGGACAAUCGAUCGUUUCCCGCUUCGGCCGUCGACAACCGAGAAA